AUGAACGCUAACCCCCUCAACAUCAACGCCAGUACCCCGUCUAUUCUUCUCCGCGCUCUACUAUCCAACCUCAUAUCUAUUGGUGGCAUUCUGGCAAGGAAUGCUGCACUGAAACUUGAAUCGAAGCUUCUCGUAAUGUUCGCUAUGGUGUGCUUGCCUCUUUUCUGUUAUACAUCGACUCUGCUUUCGCUGCGCUUGAGAAGACCGAGCUUUGGUCCUGGUCCAGUCGAAAUUCCUUCUCUCUGGAAUCAGACGUGUCUAGUAGCCUGGGGUGCAUUAUCGGUGGUUGCCAUAGUCGAGCGAUAUCUUGUAGUAUUAUUAUAUAUGGCCGAUGCCUUUGGCGUCUCAGGGGAUAAUGUGGGCUUCACAGGCCCUGCCCGAGCAGUGUUAUCCCUUGGACUAUUCGAGAUAUGGAUUGCGUCUUGCAUCAUGGCCGAAUGUUGGCGACCUACUCCGGUGGCUCCCAGCGAUAUCUCUACUUUAGACCAUGAUAAAAAAUCUCCGAUAAUUCUUUCUGUUUAA